GUGGGUUAAGUGUUCGCGGUCGAGUCACAGCGAAGGGAGGAGGCAAAAGUGUCCCGGUAACGAGGCGAAGACGUGACUUAUUCAUCGAGGAUUCCGUUGUUCCGUUCAUCCUGGGCCCGCGAGUGACUAAUCAUCGUAACGGAUGAAUCGCGAGUACGGUGUACCGUGAUCCGUGUUUGCAAAAUGUGUAAAACGUCGCGUAAAUUUCGUUUCGUCAAUGAAAUGUUUUAACGACGCUCAAUAUUUCGCGAUAAUAUCGUUUUAAUCGAAUAGAUAUUUCUCCUUCCCUCCUGCUGUCCGAUUCUUCUUUUUCCUUCUAUUCUAUAUUUUUUCCCCCUCUUUCACGCGUCUAUCCAAACGCGUAUCUACUCGUGAUAAUUUCACGUCGUAUUCGCCAAAUACAUUGCUUUUGAAAUUUAAUUACGAGCCAUUAGUAUUAACGCGAUUCCAAGGUAAAAUCGGUCGGUUUUUCGUCCAACCCUCGAUGAUUCACGGCCUAUCGAUUCGGCCAAGUGACGUUACACGAGCGAACACGAUGCGAUCGUUAUGUUAUAUUGUGAGGAAUUUCGAAAUAUGUCGUGACACGAUUUCUUCGUCGCGUUAAACUCGUAGCCGAGAUCGAGAAACAAAUUAGUGAUCGUUACGUAACCCAGUCGUCUGUGACUAUAAGGGAAUUUUACAUUAUCGUGCUCGUUAAUGGCUGCCAGGGUCGUCGGCUAGAGGCCGUUUAGCGAAGUUUUCGAGCUGCCAGCGCGAUAACACAGCCCGUACCCGAUGAGUGUUAGAUCGGCAGGCGGACACAUGGUGAAGCAGAGGAGGUUCAUCGGCAAUACGAACAACAAGAUGAUCAACAUACGAGAAUAUUUAUAGGUUUUUUAGAUUUCAGAGAACGACGAGGAGAGAGAGGGUAGAGAUACGCGUCCAUGCUGUGGUCAGCCUUUGCAACGACCACGCGACGACCCGAUUUCCCGUUUUUUACGUAAUCCUUAGCGAGAUGUUUGAUUUUCACGCACAGAUCCAAUUUUCGUACCGAUGUUCGUACGAGGGACGAGUUUGAAGUCGAUUUAUCGGUGGAAAAGCGAGUCGAUGUGACGUAAAAUACGUGGACGAAAAAUAGAGAAAGGAAACGGAGUGGGAAACAUGAUUUCUCCUUAACGCACUGUCGCCCGAAACACGCCGAUCACGAAUUGAUAGCUACAUAGUUGUAUCGUUGUUCCACUUGUAUCUGCCGCCAGCGAGUUGGCGUUCCGUUAGACAGGUUUUUCUUAGGUUUACAGGGAUUCUUCUAGUAUUGGUAUUAAAAAGAGAUAGAGGAUAAGCCAAAGCGAACCAGUGAUAUUUUUUAUGCAGUAUUUUUCUUCCAUUAUUACGAGCAAAUAAAGCGAGCAAAAGAGAAAGAACGAGAAACGAGAGUAUUUUGAUGAAAAAUAUAAAAUAAGGACAAAAGAAUUGAUAUUUAUAUAUAUACAUACAUAUAUAUAUAUAUAUAUAUAUAUUGGACGAAUUUACGAAUUUAUAAACACGAGAGAGAUUCUUUUUUUUUUUUAACUUGUUUCUACUCGACUCGAGAGCCGACAUCGGCAGGUUUUCUUCAAAAUGAGUUGUUAAUUAAGAAUGCGCAAUGACACGGCGAAUUUGUCAGUGGACAGCAAACCCGCGCGAGAAGGCGCAGGGUAUGGAAAUGGAACCCCAAAAAACAAACUCUCACCGCCAGGAAAAAAUAUUCUUGAAGUACACGCUCCAAGACGCGGAGAAGGAUAAAGAGGAAACUGAGUAUAUGCUACAAGAGAAUGGGAAACCAAUUGAAUUUGUGCCACCACAAACGAAGGAGGAGGAGAAGUCGCCUUCGGAGCCAACCCUACCGCCAGUGCCUUACUUCAAACUCUUUCGAUUUGCAACAUGCGGGGAGCUGAUGCUGAUCUUCGGCGGCCUGAUCAUGGGAACCCUGACAGGCCUGUGCAUCCCCAUCUCGACGAUACAAUACGGCGAAUUCACCACGUUGCUGGUGGAUCGAAACAUGAAGAAUCACACGAGCACGCCGACUCUCAUAAUGAAGUGGUUCGGUGGAGGAAAGGUCUUAGGAUCUAAUUCGACCUACAAGGAGAGGAUGGAGGCGCUUUACGACGAUUCGGUCGCGUUCGGCGUUUCCUCCGCGGCUUUGUCCACGUUCCAAUUCGUCUUUGCCGUGUUCACGGUCGAUUUGUUGAAUAUCGCGGCAUCCAGACAAAUCGUUCGGGUACGCAAGAUGUUCCUGCGCUCUAUCCUCAGACAGGACAUGACGUGGUACGACAUCAACACGUCGACCAACUUCGCCAGCAGGAUCACCGAAGAUUUGGACAAGAUGAAGGACGGCAUAGGGGAGAAGCUGGGCGUGUUCACUUACCUGAUGGUCUCCUUCAUUUCCUCCAUCAUCAUAUCGUUCGUCUACGGUUGGAAGUUGACCCUGGUCGUGCUUAGUUGCGCGCCGAUCAUCGUGAUCGCGACCGCCGUGGUGGCCAAAGUUCAGAGUUCCUUAACGGCCCAGGAGUUGACCGCGUACGGGCAGGCGGGGAACGUGGCCGAGGAGGUGCUGGGCGCCAUCAGGACCGUGAUCGCGUUCAACGGCGAGCAGAAAGAGGUGAACAGAUACGCGGACAAGUUGAUCCCCGCGGAAAAGACCGGGAUCAAGCGCGGUAUGUGGUCGGGCGUUGGUGGCGGAGUUAUGUGGUUCAUCAUAUACAUCAGUUACGCCAUCGCGUUUUGGUACGGCGUCCAACUGAUAUUGGAGGACAGGCCGAAGGAGAUGAAGGAGUACACGCCCGCGGUGCUGGUGAUCGUGUUCUUCGGCGUGUUGGCGGGCGCCCAGAACAUGGGCCUGACGUCCCCCCAUCUCGAGGCGUUCGCCGUGGCGCGGGGCUCGGCCGCGGCCAUUUUCCAAGUGCUCGAUCGCGUGCCCACCAUCGACAGUUUGAGCAAGGAGGGGCAGAAGCUUCCUGCCGUGAACGGCGAGAUCGAGUUCAAGAACGUGCACUUCCAGUAUCCGGCUAGAAAAGACGUGAAGGUGUUGCAAGGAUUGAAUCUGACCAUCAAUCGCGGCGAGACCGUGGCCCUCGUCGGAGGAUCUGGCUGCGGCAAGUCUACCUGCCUCCAAUUGAUCCAACGACUCUACGAUCCUCACAAGGGACAGGUUCUGCUGGACGGCGUGGACGUGUCGAAGCUGAACGUGCAGUGGCUGCGCUCGCACAUAGGCGUGGUCGGGCAGGAGCCGGUGCUGUUCGACACGACGAUACGGGAGAAUAUCCGGUACGGAAAUGACAGCAUCACCGAGGAAGAGAUGAUCAAAGCGGCGAAGGAAGCGAACGCCCACGACUUCAUCAGCAAACUGCCCGAGGCGUACGACAGCCCGGUGGGAGAGAGGGGGUCGCAAAUGUCGGGCGGCCAGAAGCAGAGGAUCGCGAUAGCUCGUGCCCUGGUCAGGCGACCGGCCAUACUUCUGCUGGACGAAGCCACUUCCGCGUUGGAUCUUCACAGCGAGGCAACGGUGCAGAGAGCUUUGGACGCGGCCUCGAAGGGGAGGACGACGAUCGUCGUCACCCACAGACUGUCCACGAUCACCAACGCCGAUAGGAUAGUGUUUAUAAAGGACGGCCAGGUGGUGGAGCAGGGUACCCACGAGGAGUUGCUCGCCCUCGGCAAGCAUUAUUACGGAUUGGUGUCCGCCGACGCCAGCGCCACCGCCAGAGCGAAAGCGACGGCCUCGGCCGCAAAGACGGUCACCGCAGCUAUACCGAAACAGAAGCCACCGUUGAAGAGACAAUUCUCCACUCUGUCGAUGCACUCUCAUCGAUUGUCGUUGGCCGGCGCAUCCGAGACCUCGGCGAAUCAAUUGGAGGAGCACGAGAAACCGUACGACGCGCCCAUGAUGAGGAUAUUCGGGCUCAAUAAACCGGAAUGGCCGUACAAUAUCAUCGGGUGUCUGGCGGCGGCGAUGGUGGGCGCCUCGUUCCCAGCGUUCGCCGUCCUCUUCGGCGAGGUGUACUACGUGUUGGGUCUUCAAGACGACGAGGAAGUACGCCGCGAAACCGUCAACUUCUCCAUUCUGUUCUUGGUGGUCGGGGUGGUGACCGGCCUCGGCACCUUCCUGCAAAUGUACAUGUUCGGGUUGGCGGGCGUGCGAAUGACCACGCGGAUCAGGAAGAUUACGUUCGCCGCGAUGCUGAAGCAGGAGAUGGGCUGGUACGACGAGGACACGAACAGCGUGGGCGCCCUCUGCGCCAGACUUUCGUCGGACGCGGGGGCCGUGCAGGGCGCGACCGGGACGCGGGUCGGCGCCAUUCUUCAAGCCCUGUCCACCUUGGUCCUGGGCAUCGGUUUGUCCAUGUAUUACACUUGGAAGAUGACCCUGGUCUCGGUGGUAUCGAUACCUCUCGUGUUGGGCGCGGUGUUCUUCGAGGCGAGGGUGAUGAGCGGGCAGGGGUUGCAGGAGAAGAAGAAGAUGGAGGCGGCGACCAGAAUCGCCAUAGAGGCGAUCUCGAACAUCCGCACGGUGGCCAGCCUCGGCAAAGAGGAGGCGUUCCUGCAGCGCUACUGCUCGGAGCUGGAACACGUGGCCGAAGCGACGAGGAUCAGACAGAGGUUGAGAGGAUUGGUAUUCUCGUGCGGUCAGACCACGCCGUUCUUCGGUUACGCUUUGAGCCUCUACUACGGCGGCGCUUUGGUUGCCACCGAGGGUUUGAAUUAUCAGGACGUGAUCAAAGUGUCGGAGGCGUUGAUCUUCGGCUCUUGGAUGUUGGGUCAGGCGCUCGCCUUUGCGCCCAAUUUCAACACCGCCAAGAUCUCGGCCGGCAGGAUAUUCAAGCUGUUGGACAGAGUUCCGGAGAUCGCCUCGCCGCCGGAUUCCGAGGACAAGGACCUGGAUUGGAAGGCGGACGGGUUGAUACAGUUCUCCAAGGUCGAGUUCCACUACCCGACGAGGCCCGAGAUGCAAAUUCUGCAGGGAUUGAAUUUGAUCGUGAAGCCGGGCCAGAUGGUCGCCCUGGUUGGCCAGAGCGGAUGCGGCAAAUCGACCUGCAUCCAAUUGCUGCAACGACUCUACGACCCGAUUUCCGGCACCGUGACGAUGGACAGGCGCGACAUCGCGUCGGUCUCGUUGCGCAAUUUGAGAUCUCAGCUGGGCGUCGUCGGCCAGGAACCGGUCCUCUUCGACCGGACCAUCGCGGAGAACAUCGCCUACGGCGACAAUUUCCGGCUGGUGCCGAUGGACGAGAUUAUAGAGGCCGCCAAGAAGUCCAAUAUCCACAGCUUCGUCAGCUCUCUACCACUAGGAUACGAUACUAGGUUAGGUUCCAAAGGCACGCAGCUGUCGGGAGGACAGAAGCAACGCAUCGCGAUUGCGCGCGCUUUGGUCAGAAAUCCACGAGUCCUGCUACUGGACGAGGCCACGUCUGCUCUUGAUACUCAGAGCGAGAAGGUGGUGCAAGCGGCCCUGGACAAAGCGAUGGAAGGCAGGACCUGCAUCACCAUAGCUCAUCGGUUGGCGACGAUAAGAAACGCCGACGUGAUCUGCGUGCUGGAGAAGGGAACCGUCGCGGAGAUGGGCACCCACGACGACUUAAUUGCGGCGGAUGGCCUCUACGCCCAUCUGCACGCCCUCCAAGAGGCCGCGAUGGAGUAGAGGAGGAGAGCGUCGAACCACGCAGCGUCCCCCCUCGUCGACGCUCCCCUCUCGGGCCGAUGGUCGAAAAAACGGCGCCCGAAACGCGGUUUCGGCCAGGCCGUCGAAUCCCGAUCACCACCCUCCCCAACAAGCUAGGAAACGGAUUAACUCUCCGGAGACGAGCGGAGUAGAUGAUAUUUUCCCUCACUCGUCGAUCGAGAGCCCGAGGAGAGGAGUACUCGUAUUAUUUUCACACGGACGGAUGGAUAUGCUUCCUUUAUCAUCCCUUCCCCAAUCGCCGAUCCUUCUCCAAUUUUAUCGCAGACGUUCGUUUCAACGAUAGAGUUUCUCACCAGUUUUAUUUAACCGUGUAUCUUUUCGUUUCUCCCUUUCUCCUCUCCCUCUCUCGAGACGAGCGACUCGAAUUAUUAGCGGAUCUCAUCGAUACCUUCUUCUUCGUUCCGUAUCUUGGACGUCGAGUUUCUUUCUUGUUUCGCACGGUGCUUGCUAUUCUCCGUGCGGGUGUAAAUGAAACCUAAUGAAACAACCGCGCGAUCCAAUCGACGAGCGAUGCCUCGAAAUACCGGAAACUGCCCUGUCGAUCGACAAAACUCCGAAUUGUCUUCGCGCCCUGUUGCGAUCAUCCCUUGUCUAACGAACCAUCGGUUCUUCGUCUUCGUUUCGUUCUUUUUUCCACGCGAUAAUCGGUGAUCCGAAUCGAUACGAGGGAGAUUCCGGCACGUUCAACCGGCACGAUUCAAAUACGACGCGAUGGAUCUCGAACGAUUCUUCGUUUUCGAUUUUGGUCGUCGACGAGGAGAAUACGAAACGACGGAUAGCGAAGAAACCGUGAAGGAAGAUAUAUACAGGGAUCGAGGAGAGGCGGGAUAUACGCGUGGAAUUAAGGAGUAAGGAAGCGAGAAAGAUAUUCGCGCCGAUUUAUGGGGAUUGAUCGAACGAUACGAACAAUGGACGACAGCUGUUUUGAAAAAUGGCACGCCGCGAGCGAUGUCCUCUUCCCCGACGAUCAUCUUCCAUCCGUGUCGGACGCAUGAAAAAUGUAUCAACGUAUGUAUCAUCCCCCUCUCCGAUCUCUCUGCCUCUCAGAAACACAUACACACAGGUUUUUAUCCGCCCUCGCGUACCCGUCUCUAUUACCUUCCCACUAUAUAUAUAUAUAUAUACACAUACGAAUCCAUAAAGUGUCGAUUGUGUCUAUCAGGGACGAAAACUUUAAAGCUACAGAUAAUCGGCCACUUUUCGUGCCUUAGCGAUAGCGUGCUUCGUGUUCAAUUAAGGAGACGCGAUACAAGGAGGAAGGAGCAGAGAAGGAAUCGCGAUCCCUUCGUUUUCGUGAAAAAGGAAAAAAAUUUCGAGGCAGGUGCUGCGCGUGUUUCCGCAACUCGAGGAUCUCUAUCCAUCAUAUCCGCUCUCGUUGGAUUUUCGUGCCCGAGCCAUGGAUACUUCUUUACCCAAACUUGUGCCUUCGUACUUCGUAUACUUAGCGAUAAGAUUCCGUCGACCGGAAUUAUUCUCCACCCUUAUCGGACACGACACGCGGUUAAUCCCAAUUUUUCAAAAAUUUCCGAAUAUUUCGACCCUCUCCUCCGCGUUUCUCUAAGAUACAUAUAUAUAUAUAUAUAUAUAUACUUUUUUGAAAGGAGGAGAAAAGAAAAAGAAAGAAAUUGUUAAAAAAUUAAAAGACUCUCGAACUCGUUGUUGUUUCUCGCGUUGUUCGUCUUACGAGCAAAGGGUCGACGCGGAGUACUUAAAUUUAACCACGAGAUGCGAAUCGAAUGAAGGCCUUCGUACAACUUUGUAUACCGGCGAUCGAAGCAGCGAAUGCUUUCUUAUUAUUACCACUGCGACAAUACGCUACGUAGCUACGCGUAGAGACGCGUUCGAGACGAGGAACGGGCGUUUCGAAAACGGCGUUCGAAAAUGGCGCGCGGAAUCCCAUUUUCCAUUCAUUCGGCCCGACUCGGGAUCCGAGAGGCGUUACUAUUUUUACUCGUGUACUUAUUCCGCGGAUGGCGGAGCGGAUCGGAAGAUAAAACAAAAAAAAAAUAAUAAAAAAAUAAAAAAAAAAGAAAAGAAAAAGAAAAAGAGAUGGAACAAGUACAAUCAACGACGCAUCGAAUCACGAUCCGACGACGAGCGAUUUUUCAUAUGAUCGUUUCUCCCGAUCAAAAUAGAUUUCGUAUUGGAAACUCCCGGGUGUCCUUUCUCUUUUGAGUCGCGGUCACGGUGCUCGAUACGUUUGAUAAAUCAUCUUCAGACUUAUCUCGAAUCAAAAUUGAGCUUAAACUUUAUCAUCUACUUUUCAGAAUAUAUUAUUAUUAUUAUUAUUAUUAUUAUUAUUACUAUUAUUAUUAUUAUUAUUAUUACUAUUAUUAUUAUUAUUACUAUUAUUAUUAUUAUUAUUAUAUACUUAUACAUAUAUAAAUAUACAUAUAUACACGUAAGGACACGAUAUCGAGCACUAAAUGGAAGAGAGUGAGUGGAAACGUAUAGAAAUGAGUGUGAGAAAGAGAGGGAGAGUUGUAUAGCGUAUAUGGUGAAAGAUAUCGAAAAUUGUUACUUAAGAUUUAAGGCUGCGGCCAGCGUAACUUAAGAGCAGAGAUCUUAAAAAAAAAAAAAAAAAAGAAAAAAAAGAAAAAGAGAAAAGAAAAAAAAAAUUUUAAAAAAAGAAGCGUGAACCAGGCGAUCGCCUGGUUCAAUUGCGUGUGUGACUCAAAAAACGGAAAAAAAAAAAAAAAAUAACGGCGAAAGGAAGCAGCAGCGUGUGUGUCAUUUUAUUUUCUCUCUUUUUUUUCUUCUUCUUUUUCCAUUUUUUUUGUUCUUUUUUUUUUUCUUUCAUAUAUCGAAAACGUGUUGUCAUGUUGUAAUUAUACGAGCGAUUACUAGUAUGACGAUAAAGAGGAAGUAUUAAUUUUUUCGUCCUUUUUUUUUUUCUUCUUUUUCUCUUGUCACAAAGAAGAGGCGGAGCAGGUCGUACUGCUGUCAUAUACAAAAAAAAAAGAAAGGAAAAAAAUAAAUAAAUGGAAACAUAGUGGAAAAAAAGUA